AUGAGAAAACCUCUGUUUCAUCCUCUUCUUCAUCUACUUCUUGUGGAUGGAACUACGAAGUUUUUUUUGAGUUUCAGAGGUGAAGAUACUCGCAAUAGCUUCACUGAUCACCUCUACAAAGCUUUGAAAGACAAUGGAAUUCACACCUUCAGAGACGACGAUGAACUCAAAACAGGAGAAGAGAUUGGUCCAGAGCUCCUCGCUGCUAUCCAGAAAUCGAAGAUCGCGAUCCCGAUCUUCUCAAAAGGCUAUGCUUCUAGUAAAUGGUGCCUUAUUGAGAUCGCCAUGAUAGCAGAAUGCAAGAAGAAAGGGCAAAUUGUGUUGCCGAUUUUCUACAGAGUGGAGCCAUCGGUGGUUAGGAAUCAGACUGGGAGUUUUGCAGAGGAUUUUCGGAAGCAUGAGAGGCGUUUUGAUGAUGAGACUGUGAGGAGGUGGAGGGAGGCUCUGGCUGAAGUGGGCAAAUUGAAGCGAUGGGAUUUGGACAAGAAUAGGAAAUUCCAAAACGCUAAUUUUAAUGAAAAUUGUAGCCAACUGGAGAUAUCCAAUUAUCCUGCAUGA